ACCAUUUCCUCCCACGCCCACGGCUGCCUUAUUUAGCCCCACCUUCACUUCACUCUUCCAAAACCUUUUUUGUUCAAAACCCACUCUUUUUUUGUACCCAAAUUUUGUUUCUUUUUACCUAUAUAUAUGGCUGCCGCCGGGUCUCCAUGCGGUGCGUGCAAGUUCCUCCGGCGAAAGUGCGCCGCCGACUGCAUAUUCGCGCCGUAUUUUUGCUCCGACCAAGGCCCGGCCAGAUUCGCCGCCAUCCAUAAGGUGUUUGGCGCCAGUAACGUGUCCAAAAUGUUAAUGCAAGUUUCGGUUCAUGAACGGUGCGAUGCGGUUGUCACCAUUGAUUAUGAAGCUCGAGCCAGGAUCAAAGAUCCUGUCUAUGGCUGCGUCGCCCAUAUCUUUGCCUUGCAACAACAGGUGGUGAGUUUACAAGCUCAGCUGAUGCAAGUGAAGGCUCAACUAGCUCAAACUUUGAUGACCAGCAACACAAGUGCCGCCGGAAACCACCAGUCGUGGCCGAGUUACACGGCGGCUGGCGGCGGCGCAGGGGGUUUUCCGGCGUCCGUGAACUCGGCAGGGUCGCCGCAGAGCUCCAUGGAUUCGUUGGAGGGUUAUUACAGUGAAGGGGUAGGGUUAGUGAAGCAAGAAAUGGCGGCGGCGAUGCUGCAAAACUGCAGGGAUAAUGAAGAUUACUGUUGUUAUUAUGGUGGUAAUAAUAAUAUUAAUGGCAGUAGGAAGAGAGUUUCACAGACUGAUUUGGGUGAGCUUCAAGCUUUGGCUCUUAGGAUGAUGAGAAAUUGAGAGACAUAAUAAUGGGUUUAAUUUGGGGUAUACUUUAAUUUGAUGGAUGGUAAUUAACUUACACUUUUCUAUUUAGAUAAUAAAUUUGAUUGCUUCCAAAA